AUGUCUAAGCCGAUUGUUGUGCAGACAUGCUGGAUGCCCGAAGCCUUCAUCCAGAAGGCCGCUGAGGCAGGCAAGAUUGAGCUACGUCUAUGGAAGCCACAGGAGGGUGAACGCCGCAUGACGGCUCCGCAGGAGUGGAUCAAGGAACAUAUUCAGGGUGCUUCCGCGCUCAUGUGCACACCGAUGAACAAAGUAUCGGAGGAGAUUUUUGAGGCAGCUGGCCCCUCGCUUAAAGUAGUCUCGACAAUGAGUGUCGGAUUUGAGCAUAUUGACCGCGAGGCGGCGAAACAGCGCGGCAUCCGCGUUGGCUACACGCCUGACGUACUUUCGCCGGCGGUGGCUGACGUGGGUCUGUUGCUCGCGCUGAAUGUAAUGCGGCACGUCCUUGAUGGUAUGAAUACGGUAAAGACAGGAACGUGGCUGAAAAAACCAUGGUCGCCUCUGAGCUUCUGUGGUCCCGCGCUCGAAGACAAGACAGUGGGCUUUAUUGGUUUCGGCAGCAUUGCCCAGGCCCUCGUCCUGAAGCUCCUACCAUUCAAGCCGGGCAAGAUUGUGUACCGCACGUCCAAGCCGCGUGCCUUUGACAUAAAGGACGACUAUUUCCGCUUCCUUUUGCAGGACGAUAUGCUGCAGUGUUAUCACCAGUGCCACCAGCGGCUGCCAGUGCCUGUUGAGAACGAGCCGGAUCUCAAGGCACUGGCCGAGCAGUGCGAUGUCAUUUUGUACGUAUACACUACUUACACACAGCCUCAUUUCUACGCUAAAUGCGUCGACGCACCACCUUGUGGAUGCAGCGUUUUUGCGUGCGAUGAAGCCGUCGGCCUACCUGGUGAACAUUGGCCGCGGUCCGCUCGUAGAUACGCCGGCUCUCGUGGAAGCACUGCACAAGAACGAGAUUGCUGGUGCAGGUCUCGACGUGCUGGAAGGCGAGCCAAACAUUUCCGCUGA